GUUGUUUCAUCAUCCAUAGAUCGUGCAUCUUCUUACCACGUGUUAUAUGCAUCAAUCAUCACGACCACCGUAUCUCUCAUGUUUUCUCUCUUGGCCUGGGGAAGUUCAUUUGUGGGAUCCGAUGUUUUGGGAUGAGAAGGAGCUUGAAGGAAUACCUGAAGAAGAAGAAAGCAAGCCCUUAGAAGUAAUAGAUCAAAAUCUGAUCAUACAUUUUAACCAUGAGCACAAUCUGAUGAAGCUUUCAGUAUCAUCACUAAGGCACGGGGAAGUUAUCUUGCCACAUGAGGAAGGUAAACAUUGUUUUGCAUGCACCCUUCCUCUAUACUCUAAGUUGUGCUACAAAUGCACACAAUGUGAUUUCAUACUCCAUGAUACAUGUGCUAACCUCCCUCGUAGUAAAUGGUUCUUUCUUAUCUAUGAGAAACUGAUUUUGUCCCCCAAAAGCAUAAACCAUUUUUUCUGUUACGUCUGUCACCGUUAUUGUAACGGUUUCUCGUAUUCUAAUAGUGAGAACACAAUUAGUAUCGAUGUGCGAUGUGCUUCAGUUCCUCUCCCACUAAAACAUGAAAGCCAUCCACAUAAGUUGGUAUUUUAUGAUAACGAUCAAAAAGACGUGAGAUGUGAAGGUUGUGACUUGAGUGGUUGGCGUUUUUUACUACAUUGCAAGCGUAAUGAUGAUUGUGGCGGGUUAUAUUUAUGCUUUAAAUGCGUUACGCUACCCACAUUGGUUAGACACAUAUACGAUGACCAUCCUCUUUCCUUACAGUACGGUAAGAAAAAUGAGAGUUCUACAUAUUGGUGCGGGAUAUGCGAAGAGUUAAUAAAUUUAAAUAGUUGGUUUUACAAAUGCAAUGAUUGUGGCUCCACUCUUCAUACUACAUGUGUAUUUCAAAAUCUAAUACUUUCAAGGCCUGGAUGCAAUUCAACAAUGGAUGACCUGAGGCAAAUAACUUUCGUUCUUAACACUCGUCUUUCUCGGCCGAUUUGUUACGUUUGUAAGACCAGAUGUAUGGAUGAUUUGGUUCUAAUUGAUAAGGAAGAGUCCAUAAAGUUAUUUGUAUGCUAUUCUUGUAGCUUUAAGUAUUAUCGUGGACUUUUACUACUAGAGGAAAGGUACCAGCCAUGAGUGUAUGCCACAAACAGUAAUGAGAUUAUUUUCUAGAAUUUAGUCUCAUUCUUAUCGUAUUUAUAUUGUAAUAAAAUAAUAAAUAUAAAAUUGUAUUAAAAAAAAUAACCUUCACAAAGA